CUCGAUAUGUUCAAUACGAUAGAUAAAACUUGGACUAGACAAAUUGUAUCGCAGCCAAAAGAAAUGUCAGAUCAUCGUAGAUAUCAUACAUCUACGCUUCUUCCAAAUGGUGAUAUUGUUAUAAUCGGCGGUAUCGAUGUGGUACCAAAUGUCGUAAUAUUAGGAACAACAAAAAAUCAAUGGAGAAUUCCAGUCGUUUCAGGAAUCGAACCACCACUCCUUAACCAACAUUGUGCAGAACUUGUCGAAAAUAGAUAUAUAUUCAUCAUGUUUGGGAAAAGAGCUGACGGUCAAAAUAGCAACGAACUCUUCAUACUCGAUACAGAAAAUUAUUCAUGGAUUACAA